AUGGAAGAAAGUUCCAGCGUUCCUGAGAGUGAUAACUCCCGAGAGAGUUAUGUUGAGGGUCUGGAUCCCCAACCACCUGUGGAUGUGUUUUCCGAGGAAAUAACCGAGACAGUGAAUGUCUUGGUGAAUGACGGAUCAAGUGUGGGCGCUUAUACACUUGAUCUGGUUACACCUAUGAAGUCAGCUUCGGAGGUAGUCAAGUUGCCAAUGCUAGAAUCUAAAAGAUUUUUGCAAGAUCUGCGUAGUGACAAGAUCAAGCAGAUCUGCCUACUCGUCACAGAGGUCGAGUACGUCGCCGAUAUUCGGUCGGCACAUGUGUUUGCUGAGAACGAACAAGUUCUCAGUCGCUCAUCGAUGGACGAGAGUGUCCUAUAUGAGAAGAUCCGGAUUGAGCGAUACGCGUCUUGA